UGUUAAAUUUGUAUUUUUUUUCCUCUCGGUUGUAAAUUUUUAUAAAUAACAAGCAAGCAAGCAAUGGCAUCAAUGUUUGGCGAUAUUCUACGUAUGGCUAGUGAUUUGAUCAAAUCGUUUGUAUUGGAAUCGAUGGUGCCAAUGAUCGUGGCCGCACCGCCAACAUCACCAAUGUUGGCCAAACAAUUACAGAAUAUAAUUGAAAAAGAAUGGAUCACAAUCAUAACGUUUGUAAUGAUGUUACCAUUACAAAUUAUCUACUUUCUUUGGUUUCUAUCCGGUGGUCCAUUGAUGAAUUUUUCAUUUCUUACCAGAUAUUUUACCUAUAUCCAGGUGGCAAUAUUUAUCAUUGUAAUGGCAUUAUUUCGUACAAUUCUAGUGAUAACAUUGACUGAAAAUCAUUCCGGUACUAAUGAUUUGAACCCAAAUCGAAUAAAAUCAAAAUUUCGUUGUACACCAUCGGAUAUGCAUACUACUACUGCUAGUAGUAGUACUACUACCACCAUAAUCAAUGAAAGUGCAGCAAGAUUUACACCGAAAAAAGAAAAUUCAAAGACGAAAAAAUUUUAAUUUUUUUAUAAUUAAUUUAAAUUAAUUUGAAUG